AUGAGUACCAGCGGCGCAGGCCCAAUGCAGGAUGUGAAAACGAAUCCAAUUGUGUUUUUUGAUAUUGCUCUCGGUGGUGAGCCUUUGGGCCGUCUGAAAUUGGAACUUUUUGCAGAUGUGACGCCCCGAACUGCUGAAAAUUUCCGCCAGUUUUGCACUGGAGAAAGCAAGAACCAGCAAGGCCGUCCUCAAGGCUACAAAGGAAGUAGAUUCCACAGAGUAAUCAAGGACUUUAUGAUUCAAGGAGGAGAUUUUAUCAAUGGCGAUGGCACGGGCUCGUGUACCAUCUACGGAACCCCUAAGUUCCCAGACGAAAAUUUUGUUCUCAGACAUGAUCGUCCGGGUCUGCUAAGUAUGGCUAACUCGGGGCCAAACACAAAUGGAUGCCAAUUCUUUGUCACCACAGCGGCGACUCCGUUUCUGAACGGCAAACAUGUUGUCUUUGGCCAAGUUGUUGGCGGAAUGGACAUUGUGCAAAUGAUCGGGAAUACCCGUACUACCAGGGACAAACCAAACCAAGAUGUUACAAUCAUCCAAUGUGGAGAGAUGUAA